AUGUCAACUUCUAUCCCUCCCGAAAUUUUUCAAAAUAUCUUUAAAGAUCUUGAUACAGAUUCAUUAUAUUCAGUUAUUCUGGUUAAUCGUAUAUGGUGUUCUAAUGCUAUUUCUAUUCUUUGGCAAAACCCAUUAGAAAUUUUAUAUCAAAACGAUGAUAGUGAAUAUUUUGAGACAAAUGUGAAAUCAAUUAUAAAAACUUAUAUUUCUUGUCUUCCAAAAGAAUCUAAACUUAUGUUAUCUUUCACUGAUUUGUGGUUUUUAGCCAACACCUCUAAUUCAAAAAAUAAUACAGUAAUAUUAGAGACUGGUAUAAGUCCUUUCCGAGUUGGCGCCAGCAUAAGUCACGUAGACGAAAAAUUAUUUAAUUCUAGCGAUUUUUUAAUGACAUUUGAACAAGUACUUGGAAGGACUCUUGAAGAUUCUAUUGCCGCAGGUGGUAGUGAAGGUGGUAAAGAGAAAGCUAUCGGACCAAAACUAUUGGCUAUUUUGGAAACUUUGGGAUAUCCCACACCAAAUAAUCCAAAUCCUUAUAGGCCAAGCCUUGCCUUUCCGCAAUCCUCAUCAACAGAAAGUUGUUCGUCAUCUCAUUGUACUAAGGCUGAAUCUUCACCUGACUUACCUGACUUACCUGAUUUACCUGACUCAACCGUGGGUGGUUUAUCGUCUUCUUCAAAUAGUCUUUCUAUGUUUAAUAUGGCUUCAAUG